AUGAACCCACUCCCACCAGCCGCUGUGAACCCCCCAGACCGCCUCGACCAGCUUCAAAAACAGGUCGAAACGCUGGCCGCAGCCGUAGAAAGGAUGGCUACGGCCCUUGCUGGGCGGGAUCAAGGUCAAAACUCUAUGCCACCGUUGGAGGAUGCGCCGAUGAACCCGGUGAACGCCGCCGUUGGGGACCAAGGGAUUGGCGACCAACGCGGUGACACCGAGGGGAUCAGUGAUAGUCGAGCCAACGAUCCUCGCCCGGCCAAGUCAAACAGGUCGGUGGGGGGCAGGCAAUGGGCGGCACAGAGGAUAGCGCGGGAGGAGGCUGCGGCGCAAGUUGUGAAUAACAGGGAUGCGCCCCAUCGACCACAACCGGACACAAAUAGGAGGAAUGUUGUCCCCGUGGGGUCUUCGUCUGUGCACGGCGGGGACCUCAGGGCGAGGCUCGACGCUCGACGUGGGAAAGCCGUGCAGCUGGCGAGAGAGGAAGAGCUCGCAGCGGAUAAUAAGGCCCUGGCCGAGAAGAUGGCUAAGCUUGAAAAGCGGAUUGGGAGUCGAUUAAACAACUUCGAGCAAGUUGUAGGGAAGGUAGCCGAGGCGGUCAAUGUCGACACCAAGAUGUAUACGUCGCACGACCACCCGUUCAUAGAGAAUAUCAUUCAGGUGCCGCUCCCGGACAAGUAUAUAUCGCCUCCCAUUCUGCUAUAUGACAGAAUGAGCGAUCCGGAUGGCCACUUGGAGGUUUACACAGGGCAUAUGGUCCUGCAUGGAUACCCUGAGGAGGUCAUGUGCCGGGCAUUCAGGAAUCACCUCUCCGACUCCGCGAGGAGAUGGUUUAGAUCGUUGAAGCCAAACUCCAUCACCAGCUGGGAUGAUCUGAAGAACGCCUUUUUGACUCAGUUCAUAGGUGUCAAGAAAUACGUUCCACCUAAACAAAACCUCUCAAGGGUGUACCAGGGGCCUAAUGAGUCUCUGAAGGACUGGAUAGCCCGGUUUGGGGAGCAAGUCGCUGCCACCGAGGGAAUCUCUGACGAGGUGGCCUUGAUGGGGGCGCUGUCGAGCAUGAAGAAGGAUAUCCCCUAUAGCACGGACCUCGACCGGAGACCGCCCCAUACCUACCAGGAGUUCCUAACGAGGGCACAGGGGUUCAUUAACGCCGAUGAGGCUAAGAAGGCCUUGAAGAGUAAGGCGCCGACCCCUGUCAAAGAGGAGGUAGGGCAGGUGCAAGCCGAUAAGAGGUAUAACCCGGCUCCGAGCAAUAGGGGCGGCAACGCCUCGAUGAGCCAGGGGGAAAGCAAGCGACCAAAGCCGCAGAGGUACGACGCCUAUACACCCUUGAUUAUGGGGAUCGAGGACGUCUACCAUGAGAUCAGCCACCUCCAGGUCAUGCGUCGACCACCGCCGUUGAAGUCUGACCCUGCACGGAGAAAUCAAAACAAGUACUGUCGGUUUCACGGUGAGAGUGGGCAUACUACAGCUAAAUGCUACGACCUGAGGGACGAGGUCAAGAGAUGCAAUAACGACCGACGGGAAGAGCAGAGGCACGACAACCCGCCCGAGCCGGCCGGCGUUAUAAGAACGAUCUUCAGGGGACCAUACCUCGGAGGCUCCUCCCAACGCACACAGAAGGAGUACGCUCGGGAGGCAAAGGAAAAGUUCAGCCAGAGGAUUAUUAACGUCUCCAGAUGCAAGGCUAAGGCAACGCGAUACGAGGAGGCCGAAAUCACUUUCUCGGAGGCCGACGUGAGGGGGGUACAUUUCCCCCAGAGCGACGCCUUGGUCAUCGAGGCCAUGAUCGGUAACCAUACGGUUUGCUGUAUCCUGGUCGACAACGGCAGCUCCGUGGACAUCUUGUACUCGGACUGCCUUGACAAGAUGGGGAUCCCCCGCGCAAGGCUACAAAAUAGUGCGCAGUCCUUGUACGGUUUCACAGGGGAUAGCGUCAUCCCGGAAGGGGCGAUAGAGUUGCCCAUGACAAUUGGAGACCGACCACACACCUCGACUGUCAUGUCAAAAUUUCUGGUGGUGAAGGGAGGCGACCAAUACAACGCGGUCAUAGGGCGCCCGACGUUGAGGGAUCUGAGGACAGUCACAUCCAUCUACCACCAGAUGAUGAAGUUCCCAACACCCAAUGGGAUCGGUAAGGCCCGGGAAAAUUAG